AUGAUUCACGAAAUUCAUAUUGAAAAUAUUGCUGUUAUUGAAUCCCUUGAUAUCCAAUUUUCAUCAGGGUUUACAGUAUUAACUGGGGAGACUGGUGUUGGUAAAAGUUUAUUAAUCCAGGCCUUAGGUUUGAUCGCAGGUGCACGAGUUAAUCUAGAUAGUCUUCGUGCUGGUUCGAAACAGGCGUGUGUUGAAGCAAGAUUAUCUCUUAGCUCUAAGAAAUCUUGCUCUGCACUAAUGGAGCAAGGGUAUGGCGAUGGAGAGGAUUGGGUUAUACGUCGGUUAAUCAAAGCAAAUGGAAAACACCGUAUUUAUAUUAACGGCCAUAUGGCAAAUGCUACAACAUUACGUGAAUAUAUUGCUCCAGAGCUAGAUGUACAUGGACAGGACAGCCAACAACGUCUACUAAGUCCAGAAUUACAGCGUAUUUUAUUAGAUAAAUAUGGUGAGCAUGAGAUACUCACAGAGAAGGUAGCAACAGCAUUUAAGUCUUGGCAGAAGACUGUAGAACAGAUAAAAAAUUUAGAAGCAGCUUCAAACAAUAGAGAGCAAGAAUUAGACUAUUUACGCUACCAACUUGAUGAAAUAGAACGUGUCGAACCCAAACCAAAUGAAUUACAAGAGCUUGACGAACACUUAAAAAAAAUUCAAGGACAGGCCGAAGUUAUAACUGCAAUUCAUACUGCAGCAACCUACCUCAAUGACGGUGAAUAUUCAGCAAUUGAACGACUCUUUUCUGUUAUCCAAGCACUUCGUCAAGCUGCCCCAUAUAAUCAAACAUUACAAGAGUUUGCCGAUUCUUUAGAUGCGUAUUCGCUAGAAAUACAGACAGUUUAUCGUCGUUUAUCUCAAAUUUAUACAGAUACAGAGCUACAGGAUAUUGAGGCUUUGCAAGAAAGAAAACAACACUUAGAGCGUCUCAUCAAUAAACAUGGAGGAGAUCUAAAUACACUUUUCAAAGCUCAAAAAGAUAUAUACGACCGUAUAAUGGUCUUAGAAAAUAUAGAUCAGGAAUUAAUGGUGUUGCGUCAACAAGCCCAAAGAGACGAAACAGACUUUUUCCAAGUUGCACAACAAUUAAGCCAGCAUCGGCAAGAGGCUGCUGAGCGUUUAGCUAAGAAAGUGACAUCAGACCUUAAACUAUUAGAAAUGCCCCAUGCAAUCUUUUCGAUGACUGGUUGGGGUAUUGGCGAACCAUCACAAUUUGGUAUUGAUCAAGUCGCAUUUACAUUUUCUGCGAAUCCAGAAGAAGUAGCAAAACCAUUAAAACGAAUUGCUAGUGGUGGUGAAUUAAGUCGUAUUUUGCUUGCAAUUCAAACGGCAAUAGGGGCCGCAUACGGUAAUAGUACAGUUGUUUUUGAUGAAGUGGAUGCUGGUAUUGGUGGGCAAACUGCAAUGACUGUAGGAGCUCGUAUGCAAGCUUUAGGUCAACUAAAUCAAGUACUUGCUGUUACACAUGUUCCUCAAGUUGCAGCACAUGCACAUCAACAAAUUCAUAUCGAAAAGCAAAUACAGGCUGGGCGGUCUUUAACAGUCUCUAGAAUUCUUGAGCCAGAAGAACGUGUCGAAGAACUUGCUGGAAUGCUUGGUUUUCGUGAUACUGCAACAGCGAUCGAACACGCACGUACACUGCUUACCGAAGCAAGGCAAUAA